AUGUGGUUCAGUAUUGGUCAGUGUGUGUCCGUGUGGGUCUGUGUGGUUCAGUGUGGGUCAGUGUGGGUCCGUGUGGGUCCGUGUGGUUCAGUGUGGGUCAGUGUGGGUCCGUGUGGGUCCAUGUGGUUCAGUAUUGGUCAGUGUGUGUCCGUGUGGGUCCGUGUGGUUCAGUGUGGGUCAGUGUGGGUCCGUGUGGGUCCGUGUGGUUCAGUGUGGGUCAGUGUGGGUCCGUGUAGGUCCGUGUGGGUCCGUAUGGGUCAGUGUGGGUCAGUGUGGGUCCGUGUGGGUCCGUGUGGUUCAGUGUGGGUCAGUGUGGGUCCGUGUGGGUCCGUGUGGUUCAGUGUGGUUCAGUGUGAGUCCGUGUGGUUCAGUGUGGGUCCGUGUGGUUCAGUGUGGGUCCGUGUGGGCUUGGGUCAGUCUGGGUCAGUGUGGGUCAGUGUGGGUCCGUGUGGGUCAGUCUGGGUCAGUGUGGGUCAGUGUGGGUCCGUGUGGGUCAGUAUGGGUCAGUCUGGGUCAGUGUGGGUCCGUGUGGGUCAGUAUGGGUUUGUCUGGGUCAGUCUGGGUCAGUGUGGGUCAGUGUGGGUCAGUAUGGGUCAGUAUGGGUCAGUCUGGGUCAGUGUGGGUCCGUGUGGGUCAGUAUGGGUCAGUAUGGGUCAGUCUGGGUCAGUCUGGGUCAGUGUGGGUCCGUGUGGGUCAGUAUGGGUCAGUGUGGGUCAGUGUGGGUCAGUAUGGGUCAGUAUGGGUCAGUAUGGGUCAGUCUGGGUCCGUGUGGGUCAGUAUGGGUCAGUGUGGGUCAGUAUGGGUCAGUAUGGAGUCCCCCAGUCUCACCUCCGGGACGAUGUCAUGGCUGAUGUGACCACUAGUUAG